AUGUCUAAAAGAAGUCAACCAGAAGAAGACGUAGUUAUCCCAUUGGAUUCCAAGAAACAAGUGACUGUCCGUAAGUUCAAUAACAUCAAUUUGGUGGAUAUUAGAGAAUUCUACGUUGACAAGGCUUCAGGAGAAAAGAAACCAGGUAAAAAGGGAAUUUCAUUAACUGAAGAGGUAUGGAAGAAUUUGAUAGAGAAUAAAGAUGUCAUUCAAGAAGCUUUGGACAACUUGAAUGGUGGUAAGAAGGCUAGGAUUGAAGAAGCAGAUAAAGAAGAUAAACCAUCAAACAAAGCCAAAAAGGAACCCAAAUCAAAAGAAUUUGUUGAAGAAUCAGAAGAAGAAUAA